GGAAAGUGUUGUGGUUUAGUGCCGCUGCAUUGUGCUGGAACCUUUAGUUUGAUUAACACCUUUAUGAACGACCGACACAAUGGAGAAAAUCAUUUUCUUCAGUCUAUUUUCUUGGACUGUGCAAACCACGUCCCGUGGAUCUUCUGAUCUGCUAAGAGUUCAAAUGGGAGAAAGCAUCAGUCUGAACUGCAGCAUGAGAAACCGAUAUGAAAUCGCCUGGUAUCACCUCAGAUCUGAACAACAACUCGACCUACUGAUUUCUGCAGAGAAAGACAACAAAGGAAGAGUUCUUCUGACCAACUACAAUACAAACAGCAUUCGUCUAAAAAUGACUGCAGACACUUGGGUCACCAGAGCCAUUCUAGAGAUUUCUGGAGUAACAGAGUCAGAUUCGGGUCUUUAUUUCUGUGGAACAAAGUCUGACGCUCCAGAGAUGUUCUUCGACAAACCCAUCAGACUGGAGGUCGAGGGUCUUAUUGUAGUACAAAAGACAAAAGAAGAAGCUGACAACACAGACGGGGUGACGGUAACAGAGAGUGUGCUGAUGUUCGGAGGUGUUGGUCUGGCUGUGCUUGUGUUUUUUGUGGCUACAAUCGCUGCAGGAAGAAUCAUUCACUAUCAUGGUUGGCAGAAAGGAUGGGCCGCAGCCAAACGCUCAUCUCGGAUUCAGCACAAAUCAACUAAAUGACCUCUUAACUACAGUAGAUCUUUGCAUUGCUGUAGUUUACCACAAAAUAAAACAGAAGACUGGGGCUUGGAUGUCUUUUCCUGUUGACCAGAUCUACUUUCACUUCUGAAAACCUCAGAUGUUGUGGCAAAUGUCGCCUGUUUCAUUACCAGUGAAACUUAAACAGUCAGUAAUGAUUGUGGUUAUUAGGUUUGUUUGGUUCACUUGUGGAUUUUUAGUAACAUUUAUAGAAAACACUGUUACUGUUGCUCUUUUGUAGCACAUAAAGCUUGA